UGGCGGGAGUUGGACUGCCUUCCCUCGUCACGCGACGAGGCCGGCGAGUAAUAAGAAGGAUGAAGUGUUCGGUCAUUGUGAGAGCCUGUGGCGAAGCGAGGAUAGCGGCGAGAAUGCGAGUAGGUCGAAAAGUCCGAUAAGAGGAGUGACGGUUCGGAGGGAUGACAGGGCAAGAAUAAUGCCAAGCAGGGAAACGCUUCCGAUAGCACUAUCGCCAUGCAUCAACAGCGAUGUGGCCGCUCCGAUACUGACAGUUGUAGUCGGUGGCGGGGGUCUA